ACGUCCACAAUGAAAACGCGGUUUUUAGUAAUUAUAAUGUUCCUUUUCCUUCAGAAAGGACAUUCUGUUUUUGGUGCAACACAUAUGGAAAUCUCACACGAGUCAAUGGAUCAGAAAGCUAAGACCGAGUGCGACAAUUAUUUUUUUUCGAAAUUUAAGCCUAUUCUCAAUCAUUUUGUAUAUCUGGAAACGGAAAUCAAUGAAAAUGAUGAGCUGAAAAGGCAAGUAACUACUAUGAGAGAGACUGUUAAGGACCUGCAAAGUCAAAUAAAAAUAAAAGAAGAGCAUAUAAACGCGAAAGAAGAAGCUCUCAAGGGUCAGCGUGAUAACCUUCAGAAUAGAGAUGAACAAAUCUCGGACCUACGAAAUCACAUUAAAUCACUCGAGAACACUCUAUCGGAACGAUCUAAUCAGCUUGCGGAGUGCCGUGAAACUGAAGUGAAUUUGCCCGACUCAUGUCCCAAUGGCAGACCCAAUGGGAUUUACCAAAUACAAAUCCGUGGGAUGGAUCCAUUUAAGGUGCCUUGUGUGUCCUCUCCUUCCGGCUGGACGGUAAUUCUCAGACGUAUCGACGGGUCAGAGAACUUCGAUCGAAACUGGACUGAUUAUAAAAAUGGAUUUGGUAAUGUUCGGGGAGAAUUUUUCAUAGGGCUGGAGAAAUUACAUCGGAUGACAACUGCACAACCCCACGAACUCUACAUUAAGCUCGGGAAAGUUGAUGGAUCCAAAAGCUACGCUAAAUACGAUCACUUCAUUAUUGGAAGCGAAAAGGAACUCUAUGAGCUGAAGAAGCUGGGAACAUAUUCUGGUGAAGCCGGAGACUCUCUUAAAACACACCUUCACAAAAAGUUUACAACAUUUGAUCGUGAUAAUGACGAUCAUGAUGACUUAAAUUGCGCCGCUAACCGUGGUGGUUGGUGGUACUACGAUUGUGCUCGCAGUAAACUCACUGGAAAGUUCUAUGAUAAUGGUCAUAAUAGCUCGACCCAUGGAAUUAGUUGGGCUUCUUGGCAUGACUACGACUAUACGAUCUCGCUAACCUUCGCUGAAAUGAUGAUAAGGCCUAAAUCACUAUAAGGUGCAAAUUGUGUAUAUACAUACACAUACAUUUACACAACAUUUAUAUUAAAACAUAAUUUCAAAGUUGAUUCAAAUUGAAAAUGUAUAAAUACAAUAAAUUUUUUUUAAAAUUACUUGUGGUAACGUAAAGUAACGUAAAAAUAAAGGAUUUAAGUAAUGAAAGUAAA